UUUUCUGUCUGCACGUGAAGCUCACACUACCAUCAUUCGCGCGUUCAAUCGUCAACUUCCUCGUUGCUUAGCUUUCUGGAAUUAAGCAUCGAUCGAAAGUCAUUCCUGCUCCCGCAAGCAAUCAUAUGUAAACUUCCAUACCCAUCUCUCAUUUAUAGAUAUUGAAUUCAUAUAUUUAUGGAUAUGGGUUUAAUUUAAAUCAUCAGAUUCCUGCAUGUGUUUGAUUCAGACAUUCGAGUUUGUUGAAAAUGUUUAAGCUUUAGGAUUACUGGAUCUGAAAUGCUCAGAUAUAUAUAUACACGGUCCUGAAUCUGGUGAAAGUAAAAUUCUUCUAGAGAUUAUUUGUGCUCAUCAACUGUUUGUGAAAAUGUCUCUGAAGUUUAUUUUCUUCACUAUUUUCUUCACAAUCUUCUUUACUGGUAAAUCUGAGCCUGUAGAAGAUAAACAAGCUUUACUUGAUUUCAUCUUCAACAUCUCUCACACUCGUCAAAUCAAUUGGGACAUGAAUUCAUCGGUCUGCACCAAUUGGAUUGGAAUCACCUGCAAUCGCGAUCAAUCCAGAGUGAUAACUGUUCGGUUGCCUGGAUUUGGCUUACUUGGUUCAAUACCCAUCAAUACAUUGAGCCGUUUAUCUGCUCUUCAGACUUUGAGUCUGAGAUCAAAUGGCAUAUCAGGUCCUAUUCCAUCUGAUUUCUCAAAACUUUCAAACUUAACUGCUUUCUUUAUUCAGUUUAAUAACUUCUCUGGACCUUUGCCUGAUUUCACUUCCAUGAAGAACCUAUCGAUUAUCAAUUUAUCAGAGAAUUCUUUCAAUGGUAGUAUCGAUCCCACAAUUGGAAACUUAACUCAGCUCAUAUCUCUGAAUCUGAGUAACAACUUUCUUUCUGGAGAGAUUCCAGAUCUCAACCUCCCAAUCCUGCAAGUUCUAGAUCUAUCCCACAAUAAUCUAUCUGGUCAUGUGCCUCGUUCUCUUCAAAGAUUUCCCAAUUGGGUAUUCUCCUCUAACAAUCUCCUCUCUACAGAAAUCUCUCCUAAUAUAACACUUACUGAACAUAGACCAAAAGAAUCCAGAAGGAGGAUAAGUGGACCUGCACUAUUAGGAAUCAUAAUUGGCAGCACUGUCUUGACUGCUGCCAUAAUUGCGAUCUUGAUGAUCAUUUGUUACGCGAAUAAAAGAAUCGAUGAAGGAACAGCUGCAAAGCCAGAAAAGAAAGAGAAGAAGCCGGUUGCCUCAGAUAAUCAAGAUGUGAAGCUCAUGUUCUUUGAUGGGUUUGGACUUGCAUUUGAUUUGGAAGAUUUGUUAAGGGCUUCGGCGGAGGUUCUUGGGAAGGGAACAGUUGGGACUACUUAUAAGGCUGCUUUGGAGGAUGGCUCGACUGUUGCGGUUAAGAGAUUGAAAGAUUGGAGCUUGAGCAGACGAGAAUUUGAGCAGCAGAUGGAUGUUAUUGGAAAUAUUAGACAUGAGAAUGUCGCGCCUCUUAGAGCUUAUUACUAUUCCAAGGAUGAAAAGCUUAUGGUUUAUGAUUUCUACUUUCUCGGAAGCAUUGCUUCGUUGCUGCAUGGAGCAAGAGGAGAUAACAAGAUGCCAAUGGACUGGGAAACGCGUCUAAAAAUUGCAAUCGGUUCAGCAAGAGGAAUCUCCCACAUCCAUUUACAAAACGGAGGGAAACUAGUCCACGGAAACAUAAAAAGCUCAAACAUAUUCCUAAAAUCAACUCAAUCAGUUUGUAUUUCCGAUCUCGGUUUAUCAGCAUUAACAAACACAACAAAACCGGGAGGUUACAAAGCCCCCGAAAUAGUAACAACAGCAAACAGACAACAACAAGCCUCUCAAGCAUCCGAUGUCUACAGUUUUGGUGUCUUAUUGUUGGAACUUCUAACCGGAAAAUCCCCCAUUCAAGUUGCAGGCGGAGGUGCAGAAGUGGUGCAGUUGGUUAGAUGGGUAAAUUCUGUUGUUAGAGAGGAAUGGACUGCUGAAGUGUUUGAUAUUGAACUUUUAAGGCAUCAUCAUGUGGAAGAAGAGAUGGUUGAGAUGCUUCAGAUUGGAUUGGCUUGUGUUGCUAAGAUGCCAGAUCAACGGCCUAGAAUGCCCGAUGUUGUUAAGAGAAUCGAGAGUCUCAAACGCGAUGAACCUUCGUCAGAAUAUGGAUCAACACCGAAUUUGACUCCACCACCACAGAUGAAAGGCAAUAUUGCUUCUUCUUCUUCAUAGGUAUAUGCUUAUUAUUUGUUCUGCAAUAGUAUAUUUACUUAUAGUAACAUUAAUGGCAUGUUUUGGUUAUUUUGUUUUUUUUACUCAUUGGUUUAGGUCUUGUGACCAUUAUAAGAUAAGAUAGAUAGACAUGAAAUUUGUUUCUCCUAGUAUCAUCAAGGUUAUGUCAAAGAUAUUAAUUAACAUAUGUUCAAUGAAAUGCAUUUAUAGUCAUUUGUCAUUCUUUUUUU